GCCAGCCCAGUUGCCGCCGAGGGUUCUCCGGACGCGCCAUGGCCGGGUAGCGGGAGCCGGUGGCGCGGCCAGAAUGCUGCGGGCGCCGGCUGUGGCGAUGCGCUUCGCCAUCCUCUUGCCGCUGCUCGUCGGCCCCGGCUGGUCGGCUCUGGGCAAGGCACAGCCCUCUCCUACAGAGGUGGUGAUCAAAGUCCAAGUGUACGAAAAUGGCGAUUUAUCCCCACUUUCCCAGGCAGCGGUGGAAGUGUAUGGCAACCAAACAUCUUUGGCUUCAGGCACCACUGAUCAUGAGGGUAUCAGCAUGCUCCCCAUCAGCUAUCGCUUGGGCACCUGGGUCCUUGUCAUGGCCUCCAAGCGUGGCUUUGUUACAAACUCUGUUCCUUGGCGUGUCAACAAACUACCACUCUAUGCUUCUGUAAGUCUCUAUCUGCUUCCAGAGCGCCCUGCAACACUUAUCCUUUAUGAUGACUUGAUACAAAUCCUUCUUGGUUCUCCAGGAGCUAAGAGCCAGCCAUGGGCACAGUUCCAGCGCAAAUCUGCCCGUCUGUCCCGCAGUUCUACCUACAGCCAGCUUUCAGCCACCUUGACUGCCGCCAGUGGUGGGCCAGACAUGAGAGGGUUCCCGUCCUUCAUUGGGGCUGAAAGUAAUGGCAGCGCUAGUAAUACGUGGUUGGAGCUGGUGCCCAUUGUUGCAGUCAGUGUUCAUCUCUUCACUGGAAAUGGCACAGAAGUCCAGCUCUCUGGUUCUGUCCACCUCUCCAUCCCACUGCCCCCUGACACGGCUGCUGCAGCAAGUACUAGUGUGCCAGCCUGGCGCUUUGACCUUAAGAGUGGGCUGUGGAUCCGGAAUGGAACCGGACUCAUCCGCAAGGAGGGGAAUCAAUUGUACUGGACAUUUGUCUCUCCGCAGCUGGGCUAUUGGGCAGCUGCCAUGAUGUCUCCUGCAUCAGGGCUGGCAACUUCAACAGCAGGAAUUAAAGAUAUUGCCACCUACCAUACUAUCUUUCUACUUACUAUCUUGGGUGCCCUGGCAUUGCUGGUCCUCAUUUUGCUCUGCCUGCUUAUCUACUACUGCAGGAGACUGUGUCUGAAGCCACGUCAACAACACAGGAAGCUUCAGCUUUCUGGGGCUCUGGAUGCAUCCAAGAAAGAUCAGGCUACAUCAAUGUCCCAGAUUAAUCUUAUUUGCACAAGCCAUAUGGAGACAGCCUCAUCCAAUGGGGAUAUAGACGUGCAUACACCCAUCCUCAAAUCAGCCUUCUCCUCCUCCAGGGAGUUUGAGAGCUCCCGUGAGGAAUUUUUCAAGCAAGUGCCAAACCAGAAAAUUCGUCAUGCCAGCAAGGCCUCCACAGCAGAUACACUGAGCCAACGAGGUGGUCCCAAGGAUGACUAUCCUCGAGUGGUGGAGGGCUAUUCACUGAAGGCAGCCCGGUCUAUGGAUGCCCCUGGCACGCUUGAACCCCCUCUCCUGGAAGAUUACAAGCGUAACUAUUCACAUCAGCGGGUAGAAGAUAAGAGCAAUGAGACACAGCGCAAACAAGCACGCAAUGAUAGCAAGUCUUAUUUACAGGAGCCCCCAUCACCACCACCUCUCCCAGCUCCUUUUGACCAUUAUAUGGCCCAUAAAGGGGAUGCCAAGCCUCCUGACUUCAUGAUGUCACAGUCUGUAGACCACCUGGCCCGUCCUACCUCCCUGAGUCAACCUGGACAGCUAAUCUUCUGUGGUUCUAUUGACCAUAUGAAGGAUACAGUGUACCGAAAUGUCAUGCCAACUCUCGUAAUUCCUGCCCACUAUAUGCGCUUGGCUCCAACAGAGCAGACUACUGGGGGCUCUGAAAAUCAACCCGAUAUGGACCCAACUGCCAUGGGACUCCCUCAUCAAUUUGGUCCCCAGGAACAACAGAGGCAGCAGCAACUCCUCCAACAGCAGCUGCAACAUUCACAGUUCCAACUACAGCAACACCAAGUGGAAGACCCUGAAGGGAAGGGUUGGGGACCUCACACACAAUCUGUCAGUGGUUCAGUCACCAUACCAGUGUUGUUAAAUGAAUCCACUAUGGCCCAAUUGAAUGGGGAGCUACAGGCACUGACUGAGAAGAAGUUGCUGGAACUGGGUGUGAAGCCACACCCACGAGCCUGGUUUGUAUCUCUGGAUGGGCGUUCCUCUCAAGUCCGUCAUUCUUACAUUGAUCUCCAGGGCACUGAGAGGAACCGCAGCAAUGAUGCCAGUCUGGACUCAGGUGUGGAUGUCAAUGAAGCCAAGCCCCCCAAGCGCCUGAAGGAGGAGCGCAUGGCUCCUGCCAUGGGUCCAACGUACUCUAAGCUGGUCUUUGCCGAUGCUGACACAGAGCAAAGCAGCAGUGAGAGCCGUACCGCCAUUUGUUCUCCUGAGGACAACUCACUGACUCCUCUGCUGGAUGAAAACACUGACCACCGUGCUGCUACAAUUCCUCGACAUGGGCGCAGCCGUGGCAACAGCUCUCGCAGCAGCAACAGCAACAGCGAACUGCGCCGUGACUCAAUGACCAGCCCGGAGGAUGACAGCAACGAACCUUCUGAAGGAACUGAUGACCAGGGGGACAAGAAGAGUCCCUGGCAGAAACGUGAGGAACGGCCUCUCAUGGUCUUCAAUGUGAAGUAGCCAGCAGGAGGAAGACAGUUCACCCUCAUUGCACACUUUGGGUGGGGGAGGAUGGGGCACCAGAACCAUGGAGAUCAGUAUUUGCCUUUGAGUCUGGUCCGGCUUCCUUUUCUCUCCACCUCAUCAAGUGCUCGGCUGAACUGAAGCCCUUAUUUUUUGACAGAAGAGAUGAACAAACAGAGCAAGGAGCAGAGUGCAGCCAAGCUACACUAAUGUUUUUCCCAGUCACUCAAGAUGCUGUCUUGCUCAAAGCAGGUUAAGAAGUGCCACAGCAAACUACCUAAGAAAAUUUGGCCUCUUUCUGUUAACACCAACCACUGUGAGCCAGGCAACCCGGGGCACAGGAAUUACGAAGGAUGUGAUGGCAGCAAAGGAAGUUUCAUUGUUCUGUAACUCUCUUGUUAAUCUGUGGAGAGGAUACAGCUUGUCCUAUGUGGUUCCAGUUCCUAGAAUCCCUUGCUCUCCAUCCAGUUUGGUAUAACCAGAACUAGCGCUGGCCUCUUGCUCUGACACAUUGGGAACAGAGGUGCAGUGGAAAGGCAUGACUCAGCUCUACAACCCUCUUGCCCUCAGGGCUUUGUACAGUUCUUUUUUUUUAAUUAAGUCCUGUGGAUUCUCCAAGCCAGAAGCUUGGAAGGGUGGGUGCCCCAGGGCUCUAGGCCGAUGCCCAUCUGUGCCUGUCAUCCUUCUGUGAUCCAACAACUUGGAUUAGAGUACAGGGCCCAGACAAGGGGGUGGGUUUGGGGAAAUUUGGGCAUUAGUGUGGGUAAUAUACAUAUGUGUGUGCAUGCGUGUACGUCAGUGGUGGUUGGGAGUCUGAGCCAUGUGUGUGUGGGUAGAUGUGUCAGUUGUGUCUGACCUCGCUGCCAAAUGAACUCCUUAAUGGAGCCAUCUCUGUGCCCCCUUUUUUUUCCUUGUGCCUGCAACUCCUCCGUCUCCUCCAAGUGCCUUCUGGCCCCAGUGUCUCCCUCCCUCCCCCCCAGCCAGGCAGCUGUGAAUGAAACCUUGAUAUCCAUAGAGGCGUACAGGCAUACCAUCUGCUCAUAGCUGCUCAGAUCUUCCUUUCUGUAUAAUCCCCUUUUUUCCUGCAGUGAGUGCUUGGCAGGGGGAUCAAGAAGGGGGAUUGCUGAAGGAAAAACCAACUGCUUAUAAGCACAGCGGCCAACUUGCUAAGCUAUCAGUAAAGACGUAGGGAACUGAGCCAACCAGCAGCACAGUCAUGGUGAUUGGGAUCCUGAAGAGCAGCAGGACCACAUUCAGGUCUUACGAAAGUGACAGUACGCAUGAUGAGCAGUCCCAAGUGAGGCAUCUGUGGAGGUCUUGGAGGCCAUUGGGGCACAUGAUGAUUUCAUCUGAAGAAGGGAACGGGGAACCACUAGCCAGCCCCAUGCUGAGGCUUUUGUCAGUCCAGUUGGAAGAUAAUAAAUGGGGAUGUGCAAAUAGGUGGCGGCAAAGAAGAACAUGGAAUCUAAGAGCCUUUUUAGCUUUUUCUUUUGUGUUUACGGACAGCUGGGCUUUUAUUAAUCACAGGCCCAAAUCCUUUUGUAACAGCAGAAGGCAGCAAAGACUGAAUAGGUCAGAAAUAAUUUGGGGAAAUAUUUUAUUUCAGACUCACCUUCAUACCAACUGAACUUAAAAUAGAGGUGGGAAUUCUUUUUUCUCUUGAGGGCAACAUUCUUUAGAGAUAAACUGGGAGAUCACAUGCUGGUGACAGCCGGGCCAGAGCUGAAAGUGGGUAGGGCUUUUCUCCCUUCCAUCCUUUUCUCUCCAUCUCACACACACCCAUCAUCCCCAGCCCUGCAAGCUGCUAGAGAACGGUCAGAUUGCUCAUUAGUGAUCUAAGCUGGUUAUCUAGAGCACAUUUUCCCCUACUAUUUUAGUUACUUGGUCUAUUUGUCUGUAUUUCCUGGUUUUUGUAUUCUUUCUUCUAUUUCUGGUCCUGCUCUUGUAAUUUUUGCCCUUCACUUGGAUGCCCUUCAUUACAUAAAAUUAGGCUAAGGAGUGUCAUUUUCUCACCCUGCUUGGAGACAUUGUCUUUUCUGAAGGACACACUCCUCUCUUGGCCAAGAUCUGCAUAUUCUGACUUAAAAAUAGGUCCCUAUUCAUCUCAGCUUCAUUUGAGUUUAUUAGAAUAGAACAUAACUCUUAUACAGUGUGAGAGAAGCACUUCCCAUAUGCUCAGAAACAUUGAUCUUUAUUUGCCUGCUCCAGGGUUGAGCCUUAUUAAUGAAAACAGUCUCUGGGGCUGAGCCCUAUUUGUAUAAAGACUACUUCCAUUAUACUCAGAUUUUUUGUUUGUUUGUUUUGGUUCUUAGGAUGGUUUUUCUUUUAAUUUCCUUUACUGAGUAAUUUCCAUAUUUUACCUUCUUCCACAGCAUUAUAUUGAAUCCUUUUUAUGUUCAUAGGUUUUAUUUUUUUCUGAAACACCAACAUUAGAAAGACUAAUUGUGGAACUUCCCAGUACCUGAUGUGACUGAUGCAAGAUCAAAACUUGCCAAAGAGCUCCAGAAAUAAUGAAGUUACUUACAUGAAAGCCUUUGUUAAAAAUGGCAGAAAAUUUUCAUGUUUGAUUAGUUUGUAAGUUUUGCAGCUAUUCAUUUAAGGACUUUUCAUGUUCUGUAAAUCAGCUGUAAACUUUUUCCAGCUGCGGAUGAAACUGCAAGAGCUGGCUGACCAUUCUCCCAAACCAGAUUGUCUCCUUCCAUGUUCCACUAACACCUGAUGAUAGAUACUGAGAAAUGCAGGAGAAUCCCGCACUUGUAACCAGACUGCCCAGCUGGGAGAAACAGCACUGGCCCUUACUUGGCUGCAGGGAAGUUAAUGCACAAAGAGAGUCCACUGAGCCAUAAAGGACUUUUCCACAUUUGUGGAUUUUUUAAAAUGUUGCCCCUUAGUUAAGCAAAACAUUAUUUCACAUUCGCUAUAUCACAGCAAAUGUAUGAUUGAAAACUGUGGCGACUAACAUUUAAAAAGAUAAGGCGGCUGUGUCUCCUCCAUUUCCUAACUCAUGCCUGAGCAGAGAUUAGCCUAAUUCAAUCACUAAUCUCUCCCAAGAAAGCUGCGCCCAACGUGGUUUUAAGAUAUCACAGUGGUGUGAUGAGAUAAUUACAGCUCUCCGCAAAGAUAGUGGCUUUCUAGUCAAACCAGAGGAAAGUUUUUAAAAAGUCAAGGAAGUAUUAAUCACUCCACCACCCCACACAAUAGAAACCCCAGAACCAGAUGCCUCUUUUUCCUUCCAAUCAGUGCACAAUGCUGUUUUCUACUAAUUUUUAUAGCUGAAGAAAAACCUUGCAUCCAGGGACUGGCAUAGCAGGGUAUGUCCUCUGACACAGAUGCAUCUUUAACUAUGUUAAAUGCCUUUUGCCUUCUCCAGUGAUGUCAAACUCUGCCAAACAAGCAUUUGAGUUUUUUUUUUUUAAAUGAUCUAAAGAAAAAAAUAGUUGGACAAACGGCAAAAAAGGGGACUCCGUGGCUACUGUUGGUGAACCUUCUUACUUGUUCUUUAGAAUGGUAUUAAUAUAUAAACCUUCUGAAUUUAUCACAGCAACAUUGCACAAUGGUGAUUUCCUUUCCCAAGAGGAUUUCUCUUCCUUCUAGGCUUUGGUGUGCCUGUGAAACUGAAAGAAUAGAGGAGGGUUACCCUUCUCCAAAGGCAGGUCUUACCCGGGAGAGGGAAUUGUGCAUUUAUUGAUAGCUUACUGGCUUGUUAUUGUCCCUUUUCAAAGCUACAACUCUUUAGCAAUGACUUGAGACCUGGAACAAGAGCAGCUACUUUUCCUAGCACGGAGACAGCAUUAGAGAGAACUUCACUCUUGAAUUACAGUUACUGCUAGGGAACAGUAAUAAGGUAACUCCAGCUGUCUUAGUCUGUUCCCCACCCCCACCCCAGAAUUGAAUAGACACAAUAUGCUAAUCUUAACAUUUAUACAUGGAAGCAGUGAACGUUAUUCAGUGUGGAAAGGACAUAUGCUUUGCCUGCACAAGAAGCAGCAGCUUUCAAAGUGAACAAUACAGACUUAGUCACUGCUGUGUGGGUGGGAUGCAGAGGGCUAAAGUUGGGUUGCCUGCUCUGAGCUCCAUUCUAAACUUUUGAGCUGCUUAAAUAUACAGCAAGUUCCAGACAUUCAAUGCUGGUGAAUCAAGAUUUGGUCUGGGGAGAGGGCAGAGGAGCUGCAUGAAAGUUGGGAAUAAUAUGGAGUAAUGCGAACAAAGAUAACAUAUUUUUAAAGAUCUUGGCUGGCCUAUGUAGACUUUGGAAAAGUAAGACUACUAGGUUGGGCUGCAAAAAAUUCAGAUGGUCACUAGCUGGCAUCAGUGAGUUACAGAAAACUCUUUAAGUCUUUGCUAUCAUCUAAUGUUUGUCUGGAUUUGUGUAAUCUAGAACAAAUAGUCUAAAUCAAAGUGGUGCAGUGAGAUAAGACAGCAAAGCAUUAGCUGUUGUUUUGAUUCAUAACAAGACGUAUUUCUGUUCCAAUCCACAGAUUUAAUAGUGGCUGCUUUAAAAUGUUAGAAUGUGCAGUGCAUAUACGCUGUGGCUAUCACCUUUGGGGAAUAAAGCCGCAGUGCCAUACAGAGCAACACUGACACAUAAGGCACCUAAUUGCAAUAUCAAAUUUUGAGUGCCGACAGCAUGUGAGCUGUCUAGAGGCUUUUGAUUAGCACGCAGUACAAAUUUUAGUAAAUAGAACAGGAGCCAAAAUUAGGUUUACUGAGAGGUAGCAGCAUGUGGAAAAACACUGAGGCUUAUAGAAGUACUGUACAUAUUUAAAAAUAUUCAAGAGGACACACAAGCUCUCCUCCCCCCACCCUCCAGUAGACAAAAGGAAAAGAUUCCCUCAGUGUGACUUCUGGUGAUUUUAAGGCAGCCGUUUAUAUAGUUCUGAGACCUGUACAGGACAGAAUAGAAGAUUGGAUAAGGAAUGCCUGGCUGGCCUGUUGGUAGAUAAGAUUAGUAUUUCAAGGUCCACUAUUUCUUCUAUCAGUUUAACAGAAACAAGAGAUAAUAGUUGCUGGUUACAGAGAAAAAAUCUUUAGCAUGGCAAUACAGAAAAUACUUAUCUCUUUAAAUGAAACUAGUCUAUAAAAAUUGCUUUAUGCUAUUGGGCCAGCUCAUACUUGAGUUGUCUAUUAUUCUUCCAACAUUCCAGACUCUUCCCUUUUGCAUUUGGAAAUGGUAGGGAUCUAUGGGUGAUGGUUUCUAAGGUUUACUAAACAUUAAAAGAAGUUGGGGGAAGAACAUGAAGUAAUGUGCAUUGCAUAAUAUUAAUGAUGCCCUGCACUGUGUGGAGAUAAAUGUAAAGUCUGUUUCAGAUCACAUACUGUUCCCAGUGAUGCCCGGGGCUUUUCUUGCCAGCAGUGCAGUUGGGGUUUUCCAUUGCCUUCUUCCAAUUUUUUCAAACAUUUUUGGGGUUAGCCUAUAGCCCUGAUACUCCCUAAAGAUCUCCCAUCCACGUUAUUAAAACCUGUUUCUCACACACAUUGUGUGGCCCUGGAAGGAGGAUGCUCCAGAAACAGCACAGCACUGUUCCCAAGUUGGGAAUAGACUUCGAUAUUUUGAAGCUUAGAAAUACUCCCCAGCCCUAUUGUGCUCUCAAUAAAUAUAGGUAGGCAUUUUAAUAAUUUGCAUGACAGAAACUUGGAUAUAUCUGGAAAGUGGACAUCAACAAGGUCCUUCACUAGUUCACAUGGCUAACUUUCUCAAACUGGUUUUACAAAUGUGUUGGACUGCAGGCUGGAGAUGUGGGAAUGGUGAUUAACACAUCUCAAAAACAAGGUUAAGGAAGCCUAUGAUAUAUCACCUAGUACUUUUGUACAUCAACAGGUGUAAAAUCUCCCUUUCAUUUAAAGAAAAAAAUCCUCCUUAAAAUGCCUUCACAAUGGUUAAUUUCCACAAAUAAAAGUAUUCUUGGAAGGUA